AUGUCUCAAAGAAUCGGAAAUGCCGCUGCUGCCUUUACGCGAGCUUGGCACCAUGUGGACGUCGCUGCAGACAGCCGUACUAUGGGACGCUUGGCAGAGGGUAUAGCCAGAACUUUACAGGGCAAGCACAAGCCCACUUACUCGCCCAAUAGGGACGACGGUGACUAUGUUGUCGUUACUAAUUGUUCUCACUUGAAGACAACCGGUAGGAAAUUGGAACAGAAAAUGUACUGGUCGCACACGACCCGUCCGGGUUCCUUGAAAUUGGUGCCUAUGGAAAGAAUGAUCGCCAACAAGGGUUACGGCGAGGUUUUGAUGCGUGCCGUGAAAGGAAUGAUUCCAAAGAAUAAACUCAGACUCGAUAGGUUGGACCGCUUGAAGAUCUUCGAUGGCGACGAGCAUCCAUACAAGGAGAACUUGAUCGCUUUUGCUGACGAGGGCCCAGAUGUGAGGGCCAAGAAAGAGGCCUUGGAACAGAGAACAGCACGCAUUGCUGAACUUAGAACAAAAUUCUCCAAUUAA